GCAGGACAUCAUGGCUGCAUCAAAGUUGAUUCUCGACAAGUGUGAGAAUGCUUUGGGCAAACCUUAUGGAGCAACGUAAGGCAAAACAAGUGUCACUAGGCUUUGAGAAAGCGUUGUGGGAAGCAAUGGAGUGGCAACUCAAUCGGCCCUCCAUCAAGUGUGACAACACACUGGCGUCGGAGAACCUGCCGGGUAACGCGGAAGGGCCAUCAGCGGACACCAGUCCAACACAGCCUGCGUCGGGGAAAAGUGGUUCCGAUGGUAGAGCAACGGAAGAUUCCAACAGUGCAGCGAAGACGCGGAGGACGAAUACCGGCAAAGCGAGGAUGGACAACACGACCAGCGGUGGGGCAGUAUUGGGGAGGGCGAUGGAGGACGCGACACGGUCGUACAGCGAAGGAAUGGAUAAGGCUGCUACCACUCUGUCAAAGGCAACGUCGAAGGCCGGCUCAACGAUCGCAGUGAAGAUUGGUGACGUCGCAGAUGCCAUGCGUGGGGGGAACACCUUCCUCGAGAUGCUUGUGGGGGUUCUUGUGAGGCGCGGGGGUGGGGGGAGCAACGGUGCACACGGGAGGGCGGACACAGACCCCUCGUCGUGUUACCACUCGAGUAUAACAGGUCAUUAAAAAAAAAAAAAAAACACAAAAAAAAUAUCAAUCAAUCAUACGUAUAUAUAUACAUAAUAUGGAUCGUGCACAGGCCAAG